CUCUUGUUAUUUUUUCAUUAACGAGAACCAGGAUUUGGAGCAGGAGCAGGAUCAGGAUCAUUGUUGUUAAACUUUUUUUUAUUUAUCCAACAAUUAAAAAACUGAGUUUUUUUUUUAAUUGAUUGUUUUUGUUGUGGUAUUUUAUAUAUAUAUUUAUAUCAAUUUAUUGGAAAAGUUUGAGGUCUAUUUUUAAAUUUAAUUAUGUUUGAUUUUUUCAUGUAGACAUCUUGGAAAAUGGUUUGUGAAAAGUGUGAAAAAAAACUCGGACGAAUAAUAACACCAGACCCAUGGAAAUCUGGAGCUCGUAAUACUGUGGAGAGCGGGGGCAGAAAAGUUGGAGAAAACAAGGCUCUGUCGGGUAACAAAACACGAUUCAAUCCUUACACAGCCAAAUUUGAAACCUGUAGGAUAUGCAGACAAAAAGUCCAUCAAGUUGGGUCACAUUAUUGUCAAUCGUGCGCCUACAAGAAAAGUAUCUGUGCAAUGUGCGGUAAAAAAUUGAUGGACAAUAAAAAUUACAAGCAAUCUGCGACAUGAAUAAUUAAUCUGCUCAAGUAUUAUGAUCCUCAAGUUAGCAGACGAUAAUUUUUCAAUUUGUUUUUCAAUAAUUUAAUUUAAAAAAAACAAAAAAUUAUAAAUACGCACAUGUAGAAAAUUAAAAAAUCUAUAAGUGCAAUUUUUUAAAAUAUUUUUUUUUUAAAUGUAUCGUUUUUAAAAAAAAUUCAAAAAUUAUUAGACGACUAAUUUCAGUUUCAUAAAAUAAUGAUCCGCAAGUUAGCAGACAAUUAACAAUUUUCGAAUUCUUUUUCAACAAUUUAAGAAAAAAAAAAAAAAAAAAUUAUGCACAUGUAGAAAGCUAAUAAAUCUAUAAGUGCAGCUUUUUUAAAUAUUUUUUUUUAAAUGUAUCGUUUUUAAAAAAAAAUUCAAAAAUUAUUAGACGGUUAAUUUCAGUAUCAUGAAAUAUUGUAAAGAAAAUAAUUAUGGUUCCAUAAUUAAUUAAUUUAAUGACAUUAUCAUAUGACGUAUCAAUGCGAAGUGAAAAUGAUAAAAUUUAUUUUGUUAUAUAAAUGGUAAUUACAAUGUAAUAACUAUUUACCGUAUAAUUAAAAACAAUGUACAAUAUUAUAGGCUAUAUUAUUUGAUAACAAUCGAUUAUUAUUAUUAAUUAUUCUAUUAUUAUUAAUUUAAAAAAAAAACUAUUUUCAAUAUAUUUUGAUUUUUUAAAAACUUGAUUGUUAGAUAAUUUUUUAUCUUAGAAAAUAUUUCUACACAUAUAUUUAUUUUUGGGAUACCAUUAAAUAUACCUAUUGUCCCAUUACAUUUAAAUAAAUUUACUUACUAUUACUUACAAUUAGUUUUAUUUUAACACAUUUAUAAUAAUAAUAAUAAUCAAUUUAUACAGUCUGAGUAUUUUUAUAAAUAUAUACAAUUGAUCAACGGUUAAAAUUAACAUAAAAUUUAAACUAAAAAUAAUUAUCAGCCCUUUAAAAAAAAUAUAAAUUCUGCGGCACCAACAAUUAAUUAAUAAAAUUACUACGAGAAAUAAAGACUUUACAAACGAAAUAAUAGAGUAGACAAUUGAUUAUCAUUAAUUUUAAAUUAUUGACAAGAGAGUAAAUAACAAUACAGCGGAUAAUUUAAAAAAUAAAAUAAAUUAGUGAUAAUUUAAGUGAUUAAAUUAUUAACCAAAGUAGUCGUGCUUAAAAAUAUGUCUGCAUGAUUGUUUCGCUUUUACAUUUUAUCAAUUAAUAUUUAUGUAUAUAUAUGUAUAUAUAUUUAUGAAUAUUAAUCAGCACUUUGUGUGCUAAAUAAAAACUUUUACUUGAUUAAAUAGUCAAUUAGAAAAAUUAUUGAAACCAAUUGCCGCGAUAGAUUUCUUUUUUUUUUUUUUAUGGCACACAGCUUCUUCUAUACUUAUAUAUAAAUUAUACAGUAUUUACGUAGAUAUUAAUUUACGUAUAUAUUUAACUCUAGAUAUAUAUUUUUUUCUAAUUUAAAAUAAAAA